AUGACUACCAUCGCCGCCGCGGGUCUCAUUGACCCAUACGAAGUUCCCUCGUCGCCGUCGCCGUCGCCACCUCCGCCUCCGCCUCCCCGAAAGAGGGCUCGUGGAGCCAUACCGAAGCCCAAACCUCCCCCCGAGCCUGCAACUGCUUGGGAAGCUGUCUGGAGCGCCUACAAUGCCGUCAGACAGAAGUAUCCUACACUACAAUCGCGGCCAACUGCCAGAAGCGUCCGCGGUCUCCUGGACCUCCCGGUCGUGAGACCGUUACGAUAUGAUAGACAAAGCGUUCGCAGAAGCGACUUCAACCUCCCCCCCGGCGCCCCUCAAAGUGGCAACCGCAAUCUGAAAGCUGCGCUGUUGCAGGUGUCCAGUGCUGCUGCGCAGCAAUCGUGUUCUCGUUGUGUGCAGCACAAGAACCUGUGGGACGUUUGUGUGGAUACUGGUGAGGGCUGCUGUGCUGGUUGUUUGUGCAAUGGCCAGAAGUCCAAUUGCGCCUUCCCAGAUGUCCAAGAUGAAGGAGGAGAAGGAGAAGGAGAAGGAGCAGAAGGACAGGAAGAAGGACAAGAAGGAGGAGAGAAUGGCCUACCCUUCCUCGAAGACAUCCCAGAGGAGGCCCCAGAACCACAGGUUCACGGAGGAAAGUCCUCCUUGGGGCAGGAGGCCUCUGCAUCUGUCCGCCCAACGGAUGCAGAGCGGCGUCUGCAGUUAGAUGCCAUGACGGAUGUGGAGCGGGCGGACGCUCUACAUAAAGCAGUGCAAGAUCUUCGUCUCUUGUACGAGAGAAGAGCCCCAGAGGCCGGCAGCGACGAGGACGAGGACAAGGACACCGCCGCCCCCACCACCACCACCAUCACCAACACCAACAAGACCAAUGACGACGACGAUGAUGAUAUGGGAGAUGAUUUUGGCCGGUUUAUCGGCAAUGAGAUCGAGGAUGGCGACGCUUGUAUUGAAGCAAUGUUGGAUUGGGCUGCAAAUGGCAUGAAUAUGGAUAGUAAUGAAUGA